AUGACUCUCAUAAACCAAAGUCAACUGACAGAGUUUAUCCUGAUAGGAUUUCCAAGCAAUAAGAAUCUACAAGUCCUGCUCUUUAUGGUUUUCCUAAGCUUCUACAUUUUGACUGUUACCACUAAUGUGUUUAUUAUUGGAACUGUGAGCCUUGAUCCAAAGCUCAAGAGGAGCCCUAUGUAUGUAUUUUUGAGCCAUUUUUCAUUUCUUGAGAUCUGGUAUACAACUGUUACAAUCCCUAAAAUGCUUGUUGAUUUUACAGAGGACACAAACACAAUAUCUCAUUCAGGUUGCAUUGUCCAGAUCUAUUUCUUCUUUUCAUUGGGGCUUACAGAGCUAUUCUUUCUUGCUGCUAUGGCAUAUGACAGAUAUUUGGCUAUAUGUCACCCUUUACGAUACAACUCUCUCAUGACAAGUAAAUUGUGUAACCAACUUUCCAUUUUAUCUUGGCUUUGUGGAUUUUUUAGUAGUUUUUUAUUGGUUAUUCCAAGUUCAAGACUCUUGUUCUGUGGUCCAAAUACUAUUAAUCAUUUCUUUUGUGAUUUCAUUCCCUUGUUGAAUAUUUCCUGCACUGAAAUUUUUAUAAUAGAUAAGAUUUUCUAUUCUAUAGCCUGGAUAAUCAUAUUGUAUUCUUUUUUGCUGACAAUUACUUCAUACUACUGUAUUAUUAUGACCAUCUAUAGACUUCCAUUCGGUACAGGGAGGAAGAAAGCCUUUUCAACGUGUGUUUCUCAUUUGACUGUUGUCUUGACUUUUUAUGGGACAAUUAUUUUUAUGUAUAUUCGUCCAUCUAAACAAUAUGCAUUUAAUAUAGAUAAGGUUGUUUCUAUCUUCUAUGCUGUGGUAAUACCUUUGCUAAAUCCUUUAGUUUACACCAUACGUAACAGAGAAGUUAAAAAGGCAAUGAGAAACAUGAUAAUGAAAAACUGUAUUUCCUAG